GCCUCAGGACAUUUUCGUUGUCGUGUUCUGAAUGACAUCAUGGACUAUACUUCAUCAGGUACCUACACAUUUCUCGUUGCUUUUCUGGUCUUCCUCCUGAGCCUACAAUUUACAACCGCCAUACGAUGCUUGAGUUGUAAUGACGUCAUACAACCACGUCACUGUUCUGGCAUCGAACAUUGCCCCGAAGGAGAUGCAUGUGUGACUGAGUCUUACCGAAACAAGAACGGGGAAACUUUGUUUAACGUUGGUUGCAUGUCUGCACUGAGGUGCUCGCUGAAUGCUAUUCAUAAUAGCUCCGCUAUCAUCCUUCGGACAGACAUAAUUGGAACACACCAGCGUGAUGUAUGUACAGAAUGCUGUCACAGUGACCUGUGUAACGCCGCCGGCUGUGGUAUGAACGGAUUUCCGCAACAAAGAGGACCAGUCUGUCUCAAUUGUCCACAAUCACGUGACCCUGCUGACUGUGACGUCAUUAGUGUGUGUCUUCGGGGUGAGAUUUGUCAUGUUGAAGAAAUAUUCGAGUUCGGCGAUGUAUUCUACAAAACCAGCUGUGUACGGAAUACUGAUACCCAAUGCAAUUCUCAUCUUAUAUAUAACCCGGUGGAGAUCGGUAGAAGAUCUACAAGACGAGACAACUGCUUCUUUUGCUGCAUGGAUGACCUUUGUAACACCAAAUGUCAUCCUUCAACAUCGCCUGUGCUGACAACAGAGCCAUCGACAACACAUAUGCCAAUAUAUCAACGCAAUGUUACAACAUCGCAUGCACCAUCUACUAUAUCAUCUACGACACAGGCGCCAAUACAUCACGAUUUCAAAGGAAAGGAGUUUUUCUUGAUGUUUAUCGAAAAUACGUUGUAUGACUACUCUGUAAUAAAACUAAAAGCAUUUGUAACAUCAACUGCAACAAAUGCUAAUAUCCAGGUUAUCACACAAUAUAAUUCAACAUCAUAUCAUGUCUCUGGCCUAGCCAAACAUAUUGCCAUUGAUGCAAACAUGACAAUGAGAGAAAAUGGGAGGGCGAGCAAAGGGGUCAUUCUAACAUCUGACUCACCAGUGUCCGUCACUGCGUUCAACCUAUAUUUCUCAUCAGCCUCGGGUGGAUACCUUGCUUUACCAGUAGAAAGUCUUGGUGUCAAUUAUAUCGUUGGAACAGCCAGACCAAAUUAUGCGCUCUUUGAGACGUAUGGAACUUCGUUUGCUGUAGGAGCGCCGUACGACAAUACAGUGGUCAAUAUUACACUCAGUACUUCUGGUAUUUCUGUUCCCGGUCAGUUUCACAGGGAGGGAGACAAAAUCACCGUCGUUCUGGAUAAACUGGACACGUUCUAUAUUGAAACAAACACAUUAAAUCAAGACCUGACAGGUACGCAUAUUUUAAGUGAUAAGCCUGUAGUGGUAGUGUCUGGUAAUCUUUGUUCAUACGGAUACGGAGGUUGUAAUCAUCUUGUGGAGUACCUACCUCCUGUGUCAAAGUGGGGUACCAGGUUUAUGGUACCACCUAUUACUAGAAGCAUCAGUUGUAUCAUCAGGAUAAUCUCAUCCGUAAGCAAUACGAAUGUCGUUGUCAUCUCUGAUACCUCGAACAAAACUUACUCAGUAUCUACCCACGUAGAUAUAAACACGAACUCGACUCAACCUUACGCCAUUUCUAGUGAUCACCCUGUGCUCGUGCUACUAUCAAUUUAUGAGAGAACAGUUGAAAUGACAUUGGUGCCAUCAAUUAACCAGUUCUCCAAUGAACCCGUGCUGGUCUCGACUCCUACAUCCUUUGUGUACGAUAACUACAUUGUGGUCAGUAUCCAGACCAUUAACCAGUCCGGUCUACAGCUCCGCACCGUUUACGGGACGGACUUGUCCAAUGUUGGAUCAGUGAGUUUUCCUGAUGCUGACGGUGAAAUGUAUAGCUUCAUUACGGUAUCCUGUAACAAUAAGUGUUCUGUCCAACACAACGACACCGACGUGGCGUUUAGUGUUAUUGUGUACGGGUUUGAAAUUAAUGCAGUAUAUGCAUAUCCUGCAAAUCUCGCGUAA